CGUUUUCUACUCGUCAGAACAAGAAGAGGCACAACGUCAGCAGAGAGGUCAGACACAGGCAUCAAGUGAGAGCGGCAAAGUUUUGUGAUACACAGAGCGGAGGGAGAGAGACAUCUGACACACAAGGAGGGAGGGGGACUCAGCAAACACUCAGGAAACCAUGGAGGCAUUCAACUCCAAGGAUUUGGCCAUGAAGGCACAGAAGAAGAUCCUCAGCAGCAUGGCCAACAAAAGCACCGUCCAAAGAUUUAUUGACGAUACCACUAGUGAAAUACUGGAUGAACUGUACCGGGUUUCCAAGGAGUACACAGGAAAUAAAGGAGCAGCUCAGAAAGUCAUUAAAAACCUGAUCAAGAUUGCUGUCAAGAUUGGUGUGCUGUUUAGAAACAACUGUUUCAGUGACGAGGAACUAAAACUAGCUCAGGAAUUUAAGAAGAAGCUCCAUACAGGAGCCAUGACAGCCAUCAGCUUCUACGAGGUGGACUUUACCUUCGAUAAGACCGUGAUGUCGGACAACCUGACAGAGUGUAAGGAUCUUCUGCUGAAGCUUGUCAACUCCCACCUCACCUCGAAAUCUCAUGAUCGCAUCAGCCACGUCUUCAACCAUUACUCCGACCCUCAGCUCCUGACCAAACUAUAUGACCCAAACGGACCCUUCAGACCCAACCUCACUAAAAUCUGUAAAGGACUCGACAAACUGGUAGAGGAUGGGACGAUAUGACCUGUGAGGAACAUGUUUCACACAAUGGGAGAUGAACAGGAAACACACUUAAGACUCUGGACUGGUGGACAAAAUUUCUCUUUUGCUGAG